AUGAACAGCUCAUCGCCUCUCUCUUCGCCCCUCUCCAGCAUAGGCACCAUAUCAGAACCAUCAUCGCCUUCGCCAGCCGUCGAUUACCCUUCUCCACCAUGUAGUAGUGUACCAGAUACGAGAGUCCCAUCCGAGGCAGGUGAUGCUCCGGAUUGCGAUGGUCCUCCACCGGCCAAACGUCGUAAGAUGACGCAGCCAAAAUCUACAGAACAAAAACCCAGAACAACCGAGUAUCUCGACUUGCGCAACUUUGGGGAAGGGUCGCCAGAACAAAUUGCACAACAAGAUGCGCAAAUGAAGCGUUUGGUAAGGGUUUUGCGAGGCAAGCGGAAGAUUGUGGUCGUGGCCGGUGCUGGUAUUUCGGUCUCCGCUGGAAUACCCGAUUUUCGAUCCUCCACUGGUUUAUUCUCAAGCCUUCGAAGUCAACAUAAAUUAAAGUCGUCUGGAAAGGAGCUAUUCGACGCGUCGGUAUACAAAGAUGAUUCUUCGACAACCUCGUUUCAUUCUAUGGUUCGCGAACUAUCCCAUUUAACGAAAAACGCCGAACCUACCCCCUUUCACCACAUGCUAGCAACGCUUGCAGAAGAAGGCAGAUUAUUGCGACUUUACAGCCAGAAUGUGGAUGGGAUUGAUACCUCAUUGGAGCCCCUUGCCACAACGGUUCCAUUGAACAGUAAAGGGCCCUGGCCCAAGACGAUUCAACUUCACGGUGGCUUGGCCAAGAUGGUCUGCUCAAAAUGUGGUCACUUGGAAGAUUUUGAUGGGGCCCAAUUUGAAGGUCCAGAAGCGCCAGAUUGCGGUAAUUGUGUUGAAAUCGACUCUGUCAGAAUCGCAGCAGGUUCGAGAAGGCACGGAAUUGGCCGGAUGCGACCCAGAAUGGUUCUAUAUAACGAAUACAAUCCAGAUGAAGAGGCAAUUGGUGCAGUCAGCGCAGCGGAUUUGAAGAAAGUGGCCGAUGCAGUAAUCGUUGUCGGUACGAGUCUUAAGAUACCUGGAAUUCGGCGCCUUGUCAAAGAAAUGUGCAGUACAACUCGGGAUCGCAAAAAUGGAUUUACUGCCUGGAUAAACCUCGACGGUGAGCCUGGUGGUCCCGAAUUCAAGGAUUGUUGGGAUAUGAUUGUGCGGGGCGAGUGCGAUGAGGUUGCUCGCCAUGCAGGCUUGCCGAAAUGGGACGACAAAGACCUUGGGCAAUAUCCUUUGAUUCUCAACGAUGCUGCAUGUGCAAAGAAACGUGGAAUUGACAAGGUUCUGGUUACACCUGCUCGCAGUACCGCAGCCGUGGAUGCAUUCCCAACACCAGGAGCCAGUCCAAGGGUGCAAUCGCCGACGCCUACAAACGCUUUCUCGAAGUUGAAGGCAAUCACAAAACCAACGGGAUCAUCAGAAAAGGCAGCUGCAACAAAGUCAACAAAGAGGAAGGCGCCGGCCGAUGCGAAGGUCAAGAAACCAAGGGCACCACCAAAGCCCAAGACCAAUGCAAAAUCGAAGAAGCAAAUUUUACCUGGAGAAAACUUGAAGCUCUCCAUGGCUACUACCAAAUCAUCGGGUACUGGAGAAGUCAAAAAUGUGAAGGGCAAUCCUAGGAAGAAAUUGCCCUCGAAACCGGAAAAAAUGGAACCAGUUAAACUGGAGAAUCCAUUCUCAGUUACACCUACAUCUGCAUUAUUUCCAAAUCUAAAGUCCACCGUGCCCGUCGUAGCAAUACCUUUACCUACUCGUUCAGGAAAUCCUUCCCCUAGAAAGGUCGCACCGCUAUCUACUCGUCGUCAAGAUACUACUCCUUCCAAGAAAGCUACAUCCUCACCUCUAUCUGACACACGUACUAUUCCUGAGACUCCGAGUCCUCCCGGAAGUCCUCAUUUUGAUCGCAACGAAACGAUCACCCCUCCUUCUAAACCUAACAAAAUGGAGCACCUUAUUGAUUAA